AUGACAAGUAAUCUAUUUAUUUCUAAGCUCAAGUUGAAGGUUCCAAUCAUCCAGGCACCGAUGGCCGGGGUGUCUACCGUGAAGUUGGCAUCGGCAGUUACCAAUAAUGGGGGUCUUGGGUCAAUUGCAUUUGCUGCAAGUGACUUUCGUAAAGGUUCAGAAGUUAUUAAUGAAAAAUGGCAAGAAUUCAAAUUACAAGUUGAUGAGUCGUUAAGUCAAAACGUGAAUUUCAAUUUUUUCAGUCACGAAUUUGAAAAUGACCAUUUACCGACUAAUCAAGAAUUGAAAAAUUGGAAUCAGAUUUAUAAUAAGGCCAGUAAAGUUGAAAAUAAGUUGGAUGAAAAUCAUACAAAGAUUAACAUCUCAAUCAAAGAAGUUGAAUCCACUACUCCAGAUAUGUUUAAAGAGUUCAUUUCAACUUUGAUCAAAAUUAAACCUCACGUAGUCAGUUUCCAUUUUGGCCAUCCAUCCUUGGAAUCGAUUAAAACCUUACAAGAAAAUGGUAUUUCAGUGUUUGUCACUGCUACAUCUGUUGCUGAAGCCAAACAUUUGAUUGAUUUGGGUGUGGAUGGGAUAGUUUGCCAAGGGUACGAAGCCGGUGGUCAUCGGGGUAAUUUUUUGGUUGAUCAAAGUCUUGAUGAAAACUUACCAACAUCUUCAUUAUUUAAUUUGAUUAUGAAGAAAUUGGAUACCAAAAAUACAUUCAUUAUACCUUCCGGAGGAAUUGUUGAUGGAGAAGCCAUAUCUCAAUAUGUAAAAUCCGGAGCUGCAGCUGUUCAAAUGGGUACCAUAUUCAUUCCAACUCCGGAAUCUUCAGCACCAAGUUUUAUUAAAGAAUCCAUUGAGAGUAAUCAAUUGAUUCCAACCAUUAUGACAAAACUUGUUUCUGGGAAACCCGCAAGAACUUUAAAGAUUCCAUUUAUUGAAAGAUUAGUUUGUGCUUAUGAAGAACUUUCAAAUAAAGAGUUACCAGAAUAUGGAUAUGCUUAUAAUCGUUAUAAGAAAUUAAGUUCAAGUAUCGGUAAUCAAUUUUAUUUGGCUGGUUCAAAUUAUCCAUUAAUUGAUACUGACCUUAAUGCCAAACAAAUUUUAGAUAAAUUGAAAAAAGAAUUAACAUUAUAA